AAUAUCUUAGAUAUAAGUAUGUAGUAUUCAGUUCGAUUUCAGUCACACGUCAAAAUGGCUGAGCUAAUUGCAAUACCGUUGAAGAAACCGUCUGAUGUUGAUGUGAUUAAACCACUUACAAAUGUUAUUAAAUCAACGUACAGCAACGCAAGUAAUCAAAAAGAUUACACGGAAGCAAUCGCGGAUUUCAGUAAACUGAGGAACAAUGCUUUGUGGCGAGCUUUUGAGAAAUACGAAAGUUCCUUGGAGGUUAUAUACAGUUACUAUGAUCAGUUAUAUGCACUGGAAGGCAAAAUACCUGCACAUGAGUUACAAAUUCCAUUUAAGUGGAAAGAUGCAUUUGAUCGUACCAUAUUUGGUGGAAAACUCAGUUUGACAAUUAGUACAUUAGCAUAUGAAAAAGUAUGUGUGUUAUUUAAUAUUGCUGCUUUGCAAAGUUCAGUUGCAGCAGCACAAUCUUUAGAUAGCGAUGAAGGAUUGAAACUGGCUGCAAAGUUAUUUCAACAAUCUGCUGGUAUCUUUAAUUAUCUCAAAUCAAAUGUUAUGAUGGCUAUUCAACAAGAACCAACACCAGAUAUCAGUCCAGAAACAUUAGGAGCACUAUCUGCAUUAAUGCUUGCUCAGGCUCAAGAAAUAUUUGUAUAUAAGGCAAUUCAUGAUACUAUGAAAGAUGGGAUUAUUGCUAAACUAGCUGCACAGGCAGAAGAACUAUAUGCUGAUGCAUUAAAAUUAUUUCAAAAGGAGAUUUUUAGGGCAUUUUGGGAUAAGGAAUGGGUUCCUUUGAUUGCAGGAAAGCAAGCUGGAUAUCGGGCAAUGACUGAAUUUUAUCAGUCAUUAGUAUGCAAAAAUAACAAAUUAAUUGGAGAAGAAAUUGCCAGAUUAGAGCAUGCUGUAGAAUUAUUUAAAGCUGCUCAACAACGUUCAAAUAAAUCUCAUUUAUUCCAAGAUUAUGCUAACAGAGCUCAAAGAAAUCUAACAGAAGUAAAAAAAGAUAAUAACUUCAUUUAUCAUGAAAGAAUACCUGAUAUAAAGUCUUUGGAACCAGUUGGAAAAGCUAGUGUUGCAAAAUUAAUACCAAUGCCUGAAGUUUUCAGCUCCAACUUUAAAGAUCUUUUUGCUGAUUUAUUACCUGUUAGUGUGCAUCAAGCGUUAUCAUCUUAUGAAGUUCGGCGUAAUGAAUUGGUUAACUCAGAAAUAUCCAAAUUACGUGAAAUGACACAAAUUCUAAAUGGUGUAUUGGCAAGUUUAAAUUUACCAGCUGCUAUUGAAGAUACAAGCGGAACUGAAUUGCCUCAGUCCUUAUUAGAAAAAGCUCAACAUGUAAAAGAUACAGGUGGAAUUCAAGCUUUAGAAAAUUCUAUGAAAGAAUUACCUGAUCUGUUACAAAGAAAUAAAGAACUUUUGGAUGAGUGUGAACGAAUGCUACAAGAAGAACGUCAGUCUGAUGAUCAAUUAAGAGAACAAUUUAAAGAACGUUGGACAAGAAUACCUAGUAGUCGUUUAACAGAGCAGUUUACUAUUACUUUGCGGAAAUAUCGUGAAAUUAUUAAUAAUGCUGUGUCCGCUGAUAAGGUUGUACGUGAAAAAUAUGAAAAUCACAAGGAAGGUAUGGAAAUUUUAAGUUUAAGUGAAAAUGAUUUGAUUAAUACUGUACCAACUGGAUCAGCAGUACAAGAGAGUCAUACUGUGGCUCAACUUAGGAAGUUGAUGGAAGAUAUUGAGACAUUAAAAACGGAACGCGAUAUUAUAGAAAGCGAAUUGAAAUGUGCCACUACUGAUAUGAAAGCAACAUUUUUGUCAGCGCUUGCAAAAGAUGGCGGAAUUGAUGAACCAAAUUUAUCAGUUGAAAGUAUAGGAAAAACUUAUGGACCUUUACAGAAACAAGUGAGAGAUAGUAUUGCUCGGCAAGAACAAUUGAUUGCUGAAAUUCAAAAGUGUCAUACAGCAUUUACUGCCGAGCAAUCUGGUAGCGGUAGCGCAAGAGAAAUGAUGUUAUGUAAACUAGCAAGUGCUUAUGAUGCAUUUAAAGAAUUGAAAGGCAACUUAAACGAAGGUGCUAAAUUUUAUAACGAUUUAACACAGUUGCUGGUGGUCUUCCAAAAUAAAAUAUCGGAUUUCUGUUUCGCACGAAAAACCGAAAAAGAAGAACUAUUAAAAGAUUUAACGACAAAUUUGAGUCAUACUGGACCAACUACAACUCCUAGUAUUCCAUCUCAUCACGGAGCAACAUCUGGUCAAAGUCAGUUGGAAACAGAACAAAGUGGACCAUCGCAAUUACCAUAUCCUACGCAUUAUCAAGGUGGAAUGCCUGUGCCAUACGGAGCUGGUCCCAAUACACCAUAUCCCGCAUAUAUGCCCCCGCCUAUGCCUACAACUUAUAAUCCAUACGCAACAAUGCCUUAUCCUGCACAAGGAAGUUAUAAUCCGUAUCAAAGUAUACCUCCUUACGGUGGAUAUGCAACUCUGCCACGUUAUGGCGGUAAUCAACAUCCUCCCCAAGGACAUCCGUUUUGAAAAAUAAAUAAUAUUUUACAUACACUAUGACUACAUAAUGUAGUAUUUAAUGGAAUUUAUAUAAGAAUGGAGAAAAGAUAUACAUGCCAUAACACAUUAUGGAAGUUAAUACGAAAUACGUUUCCAAUCUGUCCAACAUCGAGCAGAUGUAAGAAAUUACAAUGUUGAAAAUCAAUUUUGAAGAAAUUAUAUUCCUUAAUUGUUAUUAUAUUUCACGCAGUUGAAUUUUGAUGUAGAAAUACGUGAUGUAUGUUAAGCUUUAAACGAUGCUUCAGAAAAAGAAAAGAUAUAAAUACGAUGAUGUUCGUGCAAUUUAUAAGUAUAUUUUGUAACAUAUUGUACUCGAUGAUUAUAACGCCUACGAAUCAUAAUUAUUUCAUCGUUAUCGAUAUUUUAACUUUUUUUGUAUUUGUAGACAUACAGUUCUAUAUAUCAACAGUAUUUUGAUGUAUAAUAAUCGGAUAAUUUUAUUUUUAAAUUCCAUAUAAUAAUCUUUUGUAACAAAUCACUGUGAUCACUGAUAAAUUUCUUAUAUUUGAUUUUAAUAAAUAUGUAUGAUACUGUA